UCCAGUGAGCAUAGUUGAUAUAAUAACGGAGUUCUUAAAAUAAGCCUCGCGCAUAUUGAUGAGGAUUUCAUGUCACAGCAAGGUACGUUAUUCCUGUUUCCGGUGGUUAUUACAGUCCGGCUGUUAUUUAGUUGACUGGGGAUACAGAUGCGACACUUUGAAACGUCAACAUUUGGCUGAUGAUGCUUUCUGAUGCAGAGUUAUCACACCGGUAUAUGUUGAUGAUCGCGUUAGAAAAAAAGACUUUACAAUGCCACAGCAUUUAAUGAAUUCAGGACAAUAUGUGCCAGUUUCUGAUGUGAUAUUGGACAAAGAUGAUUUUUGAAUAGCUGAGAUAAUAUUGCAUUUUAAGACAUUUAACUGACAGCAUUUUCCUGAUUUCUUAACCUUAUGCCUAUUGAUGGUUAAUUAUAUAACAUUUGGAAUUCAUGUCAUGUCUCCUAAAAUUAAAAAUCUGAUCAACAGUAUGGGUCAUCGAAUUGACGAUGUCAUGAAGCUGUGUUGUGAGUUAUCUGCCAAUCAGCAAAUCCAGACCACAGUGAAAGGCUCAGGGAAGGGAGCCGCAGCAGCUGGCGGUCUGGCCUUUGCUGGGGGGUUAGUCGGGGGACCUCUUGGUAUCGCAGUCGGCGGGGCUGUCGGAGGUCUCCUGGGCUGCUGGCUGACCAGUGGACAGUUCAGACCGCUGCCUCAGAUCAUCAUGGAGCUCAGUCCUCAGCAGCAGCAGAAGCUCUAUGAAGGUCUCGUGGCGGUGCUGGGAGACAUCCACUGGACAGAUUUGGCUCAGCUAACUGCUCUGGUGAUGGGUAACGACACCCUGAAGCAGCAGCUUACAGCGUCCCUUCUCGGGUACAUCACCAAGGAGCUCCAGGCGGACGUGCACUACGUGGAUUAGUAUAUCUGGAAAAAACGUGAUAACCCUCGCACAUGCCGAGAAGGACAAAGUCUUUGAAAAGAUUGUGACCUGUUUUUAUGACGCUCGAGACUUUAUCCAAUGUGAAAUAUCAUAUUGCAAAUUUGCACAGACGCCAGUCCUGGUUACAGGUUAUACUGGGUGAUAUGAAUAUUGUGAAAACAGCUGUAUAACUGGAUUCAUUAACUACAAGGAGUACACUCGUAAAAUGAAGGAAUUAUUCAUUAAAUAAUGGCACUGUUAAUCGUAGGUUAACUACACUGAUUACAUUACUCAAAUAGAAAAGAUGAUGCACUGAAUGAGCAACAACUAUACUGUUUGAAAUACUUUGAUGGUUAUUUAAGUUAAAGACGAUGGUUUUAGCGUGCACUGUAUAUUGUAUUUAAAUUAUUUCAUCGAUAGAAACAUAAAGAUUUGUGUAUUUCAUUGGUUCAUUGAGUUUUACCCAGCAGACUUUAUUCACAAGGAUUAAAUCCUGAUAAUUAAUAGUUCUUUAUCUUAUUACUUCACGCUCUGUCAGUGCGAUUAUAACAUUAUCAUCUUAUCUGACAAACUCAUUAAAAGUAAAAAAGGGUCCUUAGGAGAA